CCCCCCCCUCUGAAAAUUCUCUCUCUCUCUCUCUCUCUCUCUCUCUCUCACUCUCUCUCUCUCUCUCUAAAAGUUGAACUUUAAUCGCAAUAUGCAAUCAGAAACUAUCCCACAGGGAACAUGGAUUCCGGGCACUCGGCCCGGCCACGCCGCACUGUCCUCACGUGACGUCCCAAGCGAGCAACAUGUGGCGGCGGCCAGCGUACAAAAGCUAGUGUCAGAGAAUGCCGUCACGGUUGUCGGGCGACGUGGCUGCUGCAUGUGUCACGUCGUUAAACGGCUGCUCCUCGGCCACGGUGUCAACCCUACUGUUUUCGAGGUGGACGAGGACGACGAGACCGGCGUUGUCAUUGAAUUGCGGAAACUGACCGGAGAAGGCCAGGAGGACUGGCAGCAGUUUCCGGUGGUGUUUGUCGGAGGGAAGUUGUUUGGUGGUUUGGAGAGGGUUAUGGCUACUCAUAUCACAGGUGAACUCGUGCCUGUAUUAAAACAAGCUGGAGCUUUGUGGCUUUGAAUUUUUAGUUGCUUUUUUUUCUUUUCUGGGUUUUUUUUGGGUUUGUGAUUCUGCAAUUUUCAAUAAUUUACUUAACUUACAUAUGAUAUAUUUGGAUUCAAUAAAAAAGUUGGAGGAAUACAUUUCAGUA